CAAAUUUAGCCCACAAGACUACUAAUACCUCUCCUUGCAUUGGCUUCAUAGCCGGCUCAAUUAGGCCGUGGAGUUGGAUUUUCGCUCGUCGAUUUGAAUUCGACUUAUGGUGAAGAUACAAAAAUAAAUGGCGACCAUCUUUUUCCUUCUAGCUUUGUUACGUUAAUGAGCCACGUUGAAACCGGAUGUCUCUGCACUUCUGGUUUUUAUAUACCCAUCGCUAUGGAUUUCGGGAAGUGUGAAGAGGGCUAUUCUCUGUGCUAAUGCUCAAGAACGCUUAUAGAAGUGCCAAUGGCGCAUCAAAUAGUGCAGUCUGUGAUGCCUAAGACGGAGAAAUCCAAUUCCUCCCACAACUUUGUGUGGAUGCCUUCUCUCAAGGUUUGGAUUUUUUCUCCCUCUCCCUCCCCCUCUUCCUCUUCCUCCCAUUCUCCCUCUACUGAAAAUCAAACAGAUCGAUCCAAACGUAAAAUCUUGGAGCGAAAAACGGACCAGUCACCUGAACGACAGGAGAAGAGACACAAACAUAGUAAAUUCUCCUCAAAAGCAUCUUCACACGGAUGCCCAAUAUGUCUGGGAGACUUCCAUCAAUCGCAGCUGGCCGUUCUCACAGCGUGUAUGCAUAAAUUCUGCUUGAAAUGUAUUGAGACAUGGAGUUCACUGCAACGCAAAUGUCCGCUCUGCAAACGCCAUUUUGACGGUUGGAUUUAUGAUGUACAAGGAUCCUACAAAUACAAAGAGAUACGUCUGUCGCGCUUGCGGGAAGAACCCCAGGCAUCUGUUGACAGAAACAAUAGGGGUGAGACGGAUUAUCAUAGAACGUUACAGCGAGCAAGAGGGCAAAAUUUUGGAAGUCAAAGAAACACAAGGCCAUUACCGAGACGGCGUAAUUUUGGGAAUUCCAGAUUUAUAUCGUCUUUGGAGAAGCGUAGGAUUGAAGAAGAGCGUGCUGCCAAAAGGGCCAUCAGAUGGCGAGCCAGCCACGAUACUUUCCUGGAGUGCGAGAAUACGUGUAGAAGCAGUCGUUUCAGCAUAUACAGUAAAUGCUUGAGGGCUUUUCCACCUUGCCUUAAAAAGAAAACUAUCAUAAGACAGAAUAAUGCAGAUAAUUUGGCUGAAAGGAAAAGAUUAGAGAGCCGGUUGGAACCUUGGAUCCUUCGGGAACUGGAAGCGAUCCUGGGAGAACAGGAUCUAACAAUCCUUGUUCACCUUGUAUUCUCUCUUUUGUUUGCAAGCCUUGGAGAAAAAGCACAGAAACAGAACAUGGAUUUGAUGUGCAGUGAAAAUGAAUUUAUCUGUCAAUUAGAGCCUUUUCUUGGGGACAAGGCAUCUCAUUUCUGGCAUGAGCUGAGAUGCUUUGCAGAGUCUCCUUUCACAAUGGGUGCUUAUGAUUCUGUAGUAGAAUAUCAAAGACAUCCUAAUUGCAUAAGUGGAGAGUGAAGAUAUGAGUACCUUAUAUUUGAGUUGCAGCGACCAGGAGGAAUGAACAUUUGUUUACAGAAAAACAACUUGGCGGAUUAAUUGUACAAAAGUUGCCAUUGUGCUAAUUUUUGUGAUUCAGCUGUCACACAUCAUCAUUAGCACAGUUAAUUUCUCUAUGUAUUAUGAAUGUAAAGUAAAUAAUGUUAAAAAAUAAAAUAACUUGCAAGUUAAAAAAACUAAAAAUAAUAUCUCUUGGCUUUUUUUAGAUAGAUUUAUUUAAGAUAUCUAUGCUAGUUAUGAGCACAGUUAAUUGUCUCUAUGUAGUAUGAACAUCUCUGAGUCCACUCUGAAACGUUAAUGCACGUGGUUGUCUAAUUCUUUUACCUGGUUGUGGUACCUUUCUUAAAUGCAAGAGUCCCAAAAUCAAA